AUGUUCAAUGGUUUUUUGCAGGUUCUUGAGAUGGAAGGUCUUCUAAAAACGCAUUAUGAACAAGCAAGACUAGAACUCAUUGAGCAGACCCGAACUGAAGCAAUCCUGGUAGGCAUUGCCAGAGUGAAAGAGAAAAUGGAAAUUGAGCAGCAAAUGAAGGAACAAGACAUGUCAGUGCAAUCAUAUGAAGCCAUGGGAUCCAGAUCAAAUCCAAUCUAUAUAUUCAGUCAUAUUUCUGUUUUAAAAUUUCAGGAAUUAAUGGCUGAGCAGGACUCUCAGUAUCUUUUUGAAUUGGAUGGAAACAAGAAUGCAGAUGAACUUUUUAAAUCAGUAAUAGCCCGCCUUGAAUCCAUGGGUCAACGGAAUGGAGCUCUUAUAACCAAGCUUCAGAGUGGAGACGAAGAAUUGUUAGAUGGUCUGGAAAAUGGUGAACUUUUUCGGGUGCUUUCAUCCUAUAAACUUGUAGGACCUAGACAUCGAUGGCGUCGCAGCAAAUGGGGCCGAGCAUGUCCUGUGGCUUUAAAAGAUGGUGAGAUUAUCACGGGAACUGCAGACAAUGCUGUUAGCUUCUUAGGUAAGAUGUACCUGUUUUCUACAGAAGAGGCAUUGAAACAAUUCAUGCUGAAUCCACGUUCCUACCUGCUUCCACCUAUGCCUCUUCCACCUUGUAAAGUACUGAUAUUGGGCCCUCCAUUAUCUGGGAAAACAACCCUGUGUGAGUUGCUUGCCAACCAUUAUCAAGGAAAGGGAGAGAUAUACAGGAAACCAUCACUGCAGAUGGAUUUUUAUGGAAAAGGGAUGCAUGAACUUCAAUAUUAA